AUGGCACCUACCAUCGCCGCCACUGGCUCCGUGGGUAACCAGCUCCUCCAACUGUUCUCCCGCUCUUUUCAAUCUAUGUCUUCGCGAGCUCUGGACGACGGGAGCCCACCACCCCUUGCCUCUGUCUUCGCGACAAUCAUAAAAGACGCAGGGCACCUCACCCGCCGCGCCAUACGGGAAGCCCUUGGCCCCCGGACAUCCUCAGCCAACGAACCCGUAUACCUCACGUCACCGCCGUCUCUACAAAAACGCCAAGGGGUUGUCCUCGCCAUCCCCACCACCUAUGCAGGCCUCAACUCUGGCCCUGCGCCUGGUGCUGUUGUGGGCAUAACCUUAGGCGCAAUAGCAGGCUUCAUCGUCAUUUUGUACAUCAUCCUAUCCGCCAUCCGUCUCUCUGGAUGGAACCAGCGCGAGGAGGUGAUCGUGGAAGAACACCAUCACCGACGCUCGCACGGCCGCUCCAGGAGCCGAUCCCGCGCCAUGACUGAAGUCAGCAGUCCACGGCGUGAGCGGAUCGUGCGAGAACGGGAGGACAGAGUGGUGGUGGAGGAGCGGCACAUGGAGCCUGAUAGCGUCAUCGUCGACGAGGAGGAAGAUGAUGUUGUUGAGGUCAUCGAGGAGCAUUCGCCCGUGCGGCCGCCCAAGAGGGAUCCUCCUCGACGUAGCGGCUUCCGCACGGUCGAUCCGGCCGAGUUGGGUGGUGGAGGUGCUCCCAGGCGGAGUCUGCAUAAGCGAUAA